UGUGCAACAGCGUCUGUUAAGAAUAGAAAGAAAUGUUCUCAAUGUGGGAAUACAGCGACGGAAGACAAUGAAAUAUAUAAGGAAUAUUUAGAGACGUUGGAUUUCCUUUUCCCACCAGAAGAGGAGGCUGAUGAGAGUGCCUAUCAGGCAGAAUGUGCAGCUACAGGUAUUGGCUCGGGCAAAAUUUAUGUGACAACGAUUUCUGGGGAGUCUGUAACUCUUUCGUAUUACCCCCUUAAGAAGAUUUUCGACAUCAAGAAAGAAGUGGAGAAAGAGCUCAGAACACCUCCUGAAAAACAACGUCUACUUUACCGAAACAAAGAAUUGAAG